GGGAGCGGGCGGUGCUGGGUCUGGCAGCGCAGCCCCGCACGGCGCUCGGGGGAGCGGGCGCUCCCGGGCGGCUGUACGCCCCCAUGGAGGCUUUCCCUGGCGGUAAGCUGGAGCAGCACCGGCACCUUCCGCCCGUAGAGUGCCUGCCGGGCGCUCGCUACGGCGGCCGGAGUCACAGCGCCUGUGGGAACGUUUUCAACUCCUGGAACGACUACCUGGGGCUAGCCACGCUCAUCACCAAGGCCGUGCGCCCCGGCAAGGGCUUCAGCGCCGAGCCCCCCUCGGUGGUGGUGGCGGCUGCCGUGCCACCGGCCGAGGAGGAGGAGGAGGAAGAAGAGGAGGAGGAAGAGACGGGGGGGGCGUACUUCGAGGGCGCGCUGGACUUGCACGACCUGGCCCUGUGCGGGCAUCACCACCACCACCACCAUCAUCACCACCACAGCGAGGGCCUGUUGGAGGAGCGCUUCGCCGACUUUAGCCCCUUCCCCGGGCGCGGCGGCCCCGCCGCCGUGGUGUUGGAUUGCUCGGGGGAGCACCCGGGCCGGGAGGGCUCGCCCCACGCCUGGGGCGGGGUGGUGGUGGCGGGGCGGCUGCCGACCCACCCGCGGGCCGCCUCCCGCUUGCUUAAACCCGAGCUGCAGGUCUGCGUCUUCUGCCGGAACAACAAGGAGGCCGUGGCCCUCUACACCACCCACAUCCUCAAGGGACCCGACGGCCGCGUUCUUUGCCCGGUGCUGCGACGCUACACCUGCCCCCUCUGCGGUGCCAGCGGUGACAAUGCCCACACCAUCAAAUACUGUCCCCUCUCCAAAAUGCAGGCGGCUAAACAGCUCAAACACGCCCGGACCGUCCUGGGGAAGAAGGGCCGUUAGGCGCCGGGACCCCCGGGGGCGGCCCCGGCCUCCUCCCGUCUGGUUUCCUUUUGGGUUGUUUGUUUUUGUCUUUAAAGCGGAUGGCGUUUUAUGUUCUCCUCACACAUUAAUAUAUUAAAGGCGGAGACUGGCGAGCGGGUGCGCCGGGCCGGUGGAGUGCCGCCGGUGGCGGCCGGGGCGCGCUGGCCCGCGCGGAGCCCGGCGUCGGGCCGCGGGAGUUGCGCAGCAUUAGAUGCACUGUAUUUGUUUAUUGUAAGAAAAAAAAAUAUAUCUAUAUGUGAUUUU